UCUCUCUCUCUCUCUCUCUCUCUCUCUCUGUGUGUGUGUGUGUGUGUGUGUGUUUAGGCUAGCCUGGACUCUCUCAGCCUCACCUGCCAGACAACACCCAUUCCCUCCGCACCCUGCUGGCUCUAGUCUCUGGAAAGCUCCAUCUCCAACUUGGGCAGCCCAGACAAUGCCUCCCAACCUCACCGGCUACUACCGCUUUGUCUCCCAGAAGAACAUGGAAGACUACCUCCAAGCCCUAAACAUCGGCAUGGCUCUGCGGAAGAUAGCCCUGCUGCUCAAGCCAGACAAGGAAAUUGACCACCAGGGCAACCACAUGAUAGUGAAGACCCUCAGCACGUUCCACAACUACAUUCUGGAAUUCGAGGUGGGAGUUGAGUUUGAGGAGGAUCUAAGGAUCGUGGAUGGACGAAAAUGCCAGACCAUUGUAACCUGGGAGGAGGAGCAGUUGGUAUGUGUGCAGAAAGGGGAGGUCCCCAACCGAGGCUGGAGACACUGGCUGGAGGGAGAGAAGUUGUAUCUGGAGCUGACUGCAAGGGAUGCAGUGUGCGAGCAGGUCUUCAAGAAGGUCAAGUAGCCAGAGAGGCACUGAGGUGCCCCUCCAGACUGCACUGGUCCCCAGACUCCUCUUGCUCAUACCCCUUGAAGCCCAAAGUAUCCCAGGUCAGCAAUCCCUUCCUUGGGUCCCUCCUCCCCCCUCCCCAUGUUAAUCUAUAACUUGCAGCCCCCGGGCCAAAGUCCUUUUCCUCACACUCCAUUACCCAACUAUGGCCUCAGAUCCAAUUCCUGGUGUAGCCUCCUGGAUGAAAGAACCAGGCAAAGGGGGAAGACCCCUCGAGAACAAGGAUCUCAACUGUCUUUAGUUCAUGUGGUCCCUUAUCUUCCAUCUAAGAAAGAACUGAGCUUGGAGCAUUUGGGGACAAGUGAGAAUUCAGUCCUGGUAGAACUUUUGGAAAACUGACCGGGGUUCAAGAAUUUAAACAGGAACUACUGGUAGAA